AUGUCUCAGCUCAAUAUUGCUAUGAAGAAGAAUUCGAUGAGGAAGAAUAAGAAAUUGGUUGUAAAUAUCACUCUUAAAAACGAAGGUCUUGCUUCAAGGUCGUCGGUGGAAGCUGACCAUGAUCUCGGUUCCUCAAGAGAUGAGGAUCAAAGUAAAUUUGAAUCAUCAGAGAGACGAAGAGACGUGUUUCACAAGGUUUGUUCCAUUGAUAAAGAUGUGGCAAUUGAUGAUGCUCAUUCUACUGGAUUGAUGCGUGAGGUUGAGGUGGGUGCAGGUUUAUCAGGGGCAUUAAAGCGUCUGAGAGAGCAAGGAACUUUCAAGGAGAAGAAAGGCAAGCUUCUUGUAGGAGGUGUUAGGGACAAUCAUGGAGAUGACAGAUUCAGAGAUGAUUUUAAGGACAUUUGGAUUAAGAGAGUGGAUGAGUAUGGCAGGGUGUUGACUGAGAAAGAAGCGUUUCGGUUACUGUGUCACGGAUUCCAUGGGAAGAAACCUGGGACGAGGAAGCAAGAGAAACGGAAGAGGAAACAUCAAGAUCAGUCGAAGCAGACGGAAGCUUCAGACAGAGCUGUUGAAAGAAUGAGACAAGUUCAUGCCGGUUUAAAGACUCCUUACAUUGUUCUCUAA